GUUCGCUCUGCUCACGACCGUUCGCUGCGCUCACUUAGGUGGGUGGAAUGCCCAAUAAUAUAAGAUCAACAUCGUAAUGUGUAUAUAAGCAAGAUGAAAUAAAUAUGAAACACGUUUAUGAUGAACACGUUAACACAGAUAUGUCCUGGAAUGAGUUCCGUGAAAUGUGUUCUAAAAUAUGGAGUGAACCAUAUAGUUAUUUGGUGAUCAAUAAAGAUUGUCAGAAAAAUGAAGGAUGUUAUAGAAAUAAAUUUGACAGUUUCGUAUUUUUUAAUUGAUCAUAUCAUUUUUCUGAUAUAUAAUGCGAUGUUACUUGGUAAAUCGCGUUAUUUUGCCUAAAGAUUUAGCAGAAGCACAAACUUAUUUUAAUAAUGGAAGCUUGUUUAAAACGCCAAAUAGUUAAUGCAGCAGAAGCUGUUAAAAAAAAGGUUAAGAAGUUGCGAAACAUUGAAACCGAAAAUGAAGAAGCUUUGAAAUCUGUAUUCAGACCUAUAAUAAAUCCAUUAAAUAAAAUUGCCAAUAAACGCUCCCAUAAAUUGACAGAAAAUGGGAUUCGCAAAACAGAAAAGCCGAAUUAUGAAGAUACUAUCACGCAACCGUAUACUGCAAGUUGUGAAAACGUUAAUGAAGAUGACUAUGAAAACAAUAAUAGUGCCAGUGAUAAGGACUACAAUGAAAGAAGUAAUGAUAGUGAUAAUCAUAGUAUUGAUCUAGAAAAUAGUAGCGACUCGUUCAAAACAGUUGAAUGGAACGAUGAUACAGAAGACAAUUUGUCUUCAUGGUCAUUAACGCCUGAAGAUUUUACAAAUGUUCCAUAUGGUGUGAGGAAUGAACGAGGAAAAUUGAUGCUUGGUACAAUUCCAAUCACUAUAGGAGACAAGAUCAUUAAAAUAGAUGGAAACCGAUAUACUACUACUCCAGGAUUAAUUGAACUAUUAUAUAAAAAAAAUCCAGAUUUGUCUUCGGUUACAGAAGACGAUAAAAAAAUAUAUAAGUCACUGCUUUUGAUUUCCAAUGCUCACAGGCGCGAUUACGAUCCUAAAAAACCGAUAAACGGCAAUAAAGGUAGAAAGUAUCUACAAAUUAUACAACCUCUUUUCAAGUUACCUAACAAUACAACCCCAAACCUUAGUCCAAUGCCAAAAGGAAAGGGCUUGUCAGUAAUGAAGAAGUGGAAUAAAAACGUAGAUUACGUGUAUUGGAAUGAUCCUAACGAAUUGGUUGAAAGAUUAAAGUUGUUGAUUGCUUCUCAAGAGGCCGGCAAUACAGGUUUAGAUAAUGAAAUAAUUUCUAUUAUAGAAGAACUCAAAGAAAGUGGUAUUAUAAACUAAUAAAAUACUUCACAAAAUAUUUAUAGUUUCAUUCGUAACUUAAUAAUUAAAAGAACCACACCUGUUUCAAAACCAUGAAUAUUGAUAAAUUCGGACAUCACGUUCAUAAAAGAAUGCGGCUGCCUGAAUUAUAUGAUUUAACUAAAACUAUUACAAGAACAGAUAACGGUGAGUUUAAUUUACAUUCGCAAAGAUUAAGAGGUGUGGUGAUACCUAUUGAAGCAGACGAUGUAGUCAAUAAAGAAUAUGUGGAUCAAACAAUUCGUAAUUUUUAUACAAAAGAAGAAAUAAAAAGUUAUAUUC